GGAAAAAUAAUUUUUUUGGGGGAAAGUAACUGGAAUCUUAACCCUGAGGGGAUGUUAUAUGUCCCUUCAUUACUUUUUCGAUUUAUGCAUAAGAAUAUUGAAACAAUAGCUUUCUGCAGGUUAAGUUUCCCUUCUUGGAGGUGUUGGAACUGGUUGAAAUUAAUAUUAAAAAAAUUUGGCACGAUCUACUUCCAUCAAAUAGGUCUCCUUCCAUUCAAAUCUUGACACAUUUGAUAUUACAGGGAUGUGGUAAAUUAGAAUAUAUAUUUUCAUCUUCUAUAUUUAGAAGUUUUGUGAAUCUCCAACACCUUGAGAUAUGCCAUUGUUCUGUUUUGGAAGAGGUAAUAAUUAUGGAAGAGGCAAGAAAAGACGAAAGGAAUGAAAUAAUCUUCCCUCGUUUAGAAUGCCUGGUGAUAAAAGAUCUUGUAAAACUUUCAAGAUUUUGCUCAGGAAAUUACAUCAAAUUUCCAUCCUUGAAAAAGUUGGAGAUAGAGGAAUGCCCUCAAUUCAAGGCAUUUGUCUUGACAAGCAUGAAAACAAACUCAGAGGAGACUCGACCUUUCUUCAUGGAAAAGGUUGCAUUGCCAAACGUAGAGGAAAUGGUAAUUUCUGGCAUGGAUAAUUUGAAGAUGAUAUGGAACAACCAACUCUUGGAGCAUUCUUUUCAAAAACUAAAUUUAAUGGAAAUCAAUAACUGUGAUAAGUUAUUGUCUAUUUUUCCUUCCAAUAUGUUUGAAACGUUCUGGCAGUUAGAAUCACUAACUGUUACUGCUUGUGGUUCAUUAGUAGAGAUAUCUGAUCUGCAGAGGCUAAAUUUUCAAGAAAGACAUUCUAAAGCUCAGUUAAAAGAACUGUAUAUCCAUGGUCUACCAAAAGUGACACAGGUAUUGAAAAAGGAUCCCCAAGUAAUGCUUUCCUUUCCCAAGCUAAAAAAAGUGAGAAUUUCUGAUGUCAGAAUCUAGAUAAUCUAUUUCCAGCCUGCAUUGCUAGGAACCUUUCGGAACUUGAAGAGCUUGAGAUGGUUAAUUGUGGAGUGGAGGAGAUUGUUUUUAAGGAAGAACGAGCAAAAGGAACUGUUAAGUUUGUCUUUCCACGAGUAACCUUCCUCAAACUCUGUAUGCUUCAACGACUUAGAUAUUUCUAUCCUGGAAUACAUACUUCAGAAUGGAUGGAGUUAAAAAAGUUGGAGGUGUAUGAUUGUGACAAUGUGAAGAUAUUCACUUUAAAAUUUCUUAGCCUCCAGGAAACUUAUGAGUACCAACUUAAUGUGCCAACAGAACAGGCCCUCUUCAUGGUUGAAAAGGUAUGAGACCUAUCUGUUUUUGUCCUUUAAAACUGUAUAUAGAUAUA